CAUGGCUUUCCUGAAUGGAAACUACACUGUAGUGACAGAGUUCAUUUUAUUGGGCUUAACAGAUGACCCCGUCCUUAGAGUUGUCCUCUUCACCAUCAUCCUGUGCAUCUACCUGGUGACUGUGUCUGGGAACAUCAGCACCAUCCUUCUCAUCAGAGUCUCUUCCCAGCUCCAUCACCCCAUGUACUUUUUUCUCAGCCACUUGGCUUCUGUUGACAUAGGCAUUUCAUCUUCUGUCACACCCAAUAUGCUUGUCAACUUCCUUGUGGAAAGGAACACAAUUUCUUAUCUUGGAUGUGCCAUUCAGCUUAGCUCAGCUGCUUUCUUUGGGUCAACGGAGUCAUUUAUUUUGGCUGCCAUGGCUUAUGAUCGUUUUGUGGCAAUCUGCAACCCACUACUCUAUCCAACCAAAGUGUCCACACAACUCUGUAUCCAGUUGGUUGUGGGAUCUUACAUAGGGGGCCUGCUUAAUGCUUCCUCCUUCACAUGGUCCUUCUUUUCUUUUCUAUUCUGUGGACCAAAUAGGAUCAAUCACUUUUUCUGUGAUUUUGCUCCUUUGGUGGAACUCUCAUGUUCUGAUAACAGUGUCCUCAUAGUUCUUGAUUCAUUUUCUGCUGGGUCCAUCAUUGUGAUCACAGUGUUUGUCAUAGCCGUCUCCUACACCUACAUUCUCAUCACCAUCCUGAAGAUGCGCUCCACUGAGGGCCGCCGCAAGGCCUUCUCCACCUGCACCUCCCACCUCACUGCAGUCACUGUGUUCUAUGGGACUGUCACAUUCAUCUAUGUGAUGCCCAAGUCCAGCUACUCCACAGACCAGAACAAGGUGGUGUCUGUGUUCUACAUGGUGGUGAUCCCCAUGUUGAAGCCCCUCAUAUACAGCCUCAGGAGUAAUGAGAUGAAGGGUGCUCUGAAGAGACAGCUUAGUAAAAAUAAAUUUUCUUAG